AUGGAUGAGGUGUUGCCAAACUCUGUGGUUCCACAGGGAACCAUGCCGCUGACGGGCGGCACAGAAGGGGCCUUGCCGCAUUCGGUGGUCCCGCAAGGAACUGUGCCGCUGACCAGCAUUGGGGCUGACACCUUGUCGCCUGCCAAGCUGGCAGGUUUCUCAACCAAGACUAACAAGUCCGGGGGCGGAACGCAGACCGCGGUCAUGCACCAGGCCCUCGACGGUCAGCUGGAGGAGAUCUACACCGUUCUGGAAGAAGGGAUGGACUCUGCAAAUUGUAGAUCGCUCUUGGAUGGCUCCUAUCCUUUCACCUUCCAGUACAAGAAGCGGAAGUGCACGGGCGGGGCCAUCCACAUCGCUGCGCUGCAAUCCGAUGGGCAACUCCUCGAGCAGCUCCUGGACCUCAACGUCGACAUCAACGUGGAGUGCCGCUACAUGACCUUCGAGAAGGAGGGCCGGGCAAUGCCCAUCCACCUGGCCGUGCAGGGCUGUCUGGAGAACGUUCAGCUGCUGAUAAAUGCUGGCGCGGACGUGAACGCUCGAGUCAAGGUGGAUGGUUCAGAUCACUUUUGCCCUCUCCACGACGCUGUGUUCUUCCGCGAUGUCGACAUGGUCCAGUACUUGUUGGAGAAGGCUGCCAGCGUCAAUGCGCUGAACAUGGAUCGAAUGACUCCGCUCCAUGUGGCUGCAAAGAUGGGUGCUUCGGAGGUGGCGGAGGUCUUGGUGCGCCACGAGGCCGACACCGAGCUCAGGGACGAGAGCCAGCGGAGCGCGCUGGAGGUGGCCGUUGAGUCCGGAGUAUUUCCUCAGCGUCGGCUUCAUCUUCUGGCGAGAUUUCGCAUUGGCGACAUCAUGAUCGUAUCCGAGCACUGCCCCAGUGCCACAACGGAGUUCAUUCGGAAUCUUUUGUGCGACUACGCUGGUGCAGAGUCGGCGGACCAAGUGGCGCACAAGACCAACGUCGCAGAUGAGCUGCAGACGGAGGAAAACCUGACGGUCGAGCACUGGAUAGCGCUUCUGGACAACACCCCAGAUGCCGCAGACUAUCUGCUGGAAAUCCUGACCGUGGAGCCUGACGAGGACAGCGUCUACUACCAUCCAUUGCCCAACCAGGCCAUCCUCAAGGAGCUCAGGGCAGACUACAACACGGACGACAGCUGGAAAUGCGACACUGAAACCGGUGACAGGGCCAAGGCGUGGCCCGCUUGGCAUGACCGCCUGGCCCCUGGCGCCCGCGCCGUGCGGAAGGGACGGCGGAUUUCCCACGCCCCUUCCAAUCGCAUCUCGAAGUUUGUGAUGCGCCAACCGAACCCUCGGACGAACCAGCCAAAGUUUGUGGACUCGCGCGACUUGCAGCCAGUGCACAUGCGGCAACUGCGAUUGAAAGGCAUUGUUUGCCCCGAGGUGUUGCAGGCACUCAGUGAGACCAAGUAUGUCGAGAUUUUCAGAAAUCCCGCCGUCACUGCAACCUUGACAUACUGUUGGGAUGCCUUCGUGUUGAAAUGGUACUUACUCCAGCUGCUGCACCGGCUUCUGGAAUUGAUCGUGCUGUCUGCAUGGACCUACUCCAAGUCUCAGGACUUCAACAACAAGCAGGUCCCUUACUGGCAGCGCCGCAUCUCCUGGACCUUCAUGUUUGAAAGCGCUGUUCGAGAUACCUACAUAGAAGCCUUCCAAGCCUACGGCUACUGCAUCCAGCUUCAGAACCCUGGGUCUUAUUUUGGCAAUGGAGGCAACUACGUGGAUGUCGCGGUUAUCUCCAUCUUCAAUGUGGUGGUUGGACAGGCUUUGUAUUCUGGCCAGUUCAACUUGGAUGCAGAGGAGGAGCUUUUUGCCCUGUUGGUCUUUGUUCGCUGGUUCCAGAUGCUUUUCGCACUGCGUGCUUUCAAGCUGGGCAUGAUUGGCGUAAAAGGAAUUAUUCCCAUUCUGCACUCUGUCAAGAAGAUAGGGGGCAUGGGGAUCAUCUGUGGCUUCGUUUUUGCCGGAUUCUGGCAUGCCUUCAUGAUCCUGGACAACGGUCUCGAAGGCCCUUAUAAAAUUCUUGUGGGAACGGUGAAGCUGCUUUUCAUGGUGGAUGGCGAUGGCAUCGUGCAAGUCUUGAAGCUUGGCAACCGUGGUGAUGAGGCUGGCAACGGGGACUACAUCACGCUGGCCAGCUUGAUGGUUGCGGUGAUCAUCUUCUGUAUUAGUUUGCUGAAUUUAUUUAUUGCUGUACAUGGAAGGGCAUACUCCGAAGCCCACAUGCAUGCCACCAACCUAUUCCUCCAGGAAAGGGCUUCCAUUUGUGUGCACUGCAUGGUGCAGCUACGGUUACCCAUGUGCUGCGGCCACCAGAGGAAAUGGUGGCAGCUGGGCUACUUCGUUUUGGCCUUUCUGGCAUUCGGAGGAUGGGUUCUAUGUAUUCUUAUUGAAGAUUGUCCUGCCAUCAUUCCUGCAGUGCUGCUCUCCUUGGCUUUCUACCUGUUCAACGGACUGCUGCUGGAGCGGCCAUGGACUAACGAAGAUGUCUGCAGUCGUAGCUACCUUUGGUGGUGUGCACCGACAAGCAAGCAAUACGGCAUCUCCGGUGAAGCGGAGCAAGCGCAGAUGGUGGAAGACAUGGCCGAGAGGCUGGUGCGGCUUGAGAAGUCGCUGGAAGAGCUGCGGCAAAGCACCCUCCUCCAGGCGGGGCGGCCGCAGACACGCGGUGGUCGGAUGGGCAACACUCGGCUGGGGGGGCGAUGGCAUUGA